AUGGCCAGCGUCCUCUACUAUGGAGAACAUCACAACUGCACCGACGUGGACCGCCUGAUGAAGCGCUACUACUUGCCCGUCUCCUACAGCAUCAUCUUCAUCGUGGGCCUGGUGGGUAAUGUAACCUCCAUCAGUAUCUACGUGACAAAGCUGCGUCCCUGGAAGAGCAGCAGCAUCAUCAUGGUCAACCUCGCGGUGACCGACCUCCUCUAUGUCCUCAGCAUGCCCUUCUUGGUUUACUACUACAGCAACGGGGAUUCGUGGAUGCUCGGCGACUUCAUGUGCCGCUUUGUGCGCUUUGGGUUUCAUUUUAACCUCUACGGGAGCAUCCUCUUCCUGACGUGUCUCGCUAUUUUCCGCUACGUGGUGGUGAUGAAGCCUUUGAGGGCGGCACAGGUGCAGCAGAAGUCUUGGGGAAUAAUUGCAUGCACAGCCGUCUGGAUCAUCGCCGCCGCUGAGAUCACUCCUAUGUUGACGAUGAUAUCCUUGGACGAACACGACAACAAGACGUACUGCUUGGAUUUUGCGAGCACCAUAUCUGUUGAGGGCGUGUGGUGGUAUGGCUGGCUUCUCACUGCACUCGGAUUUCUGCUCCCCAUGGUGGUGGUGUUCAUGUGUCACAUCGGUAUCGUGAAACAGUUAGUGAAAGGGCCUUACACGACCAGUCCCCCUCGGAUGCGAGCACGGCGCGUGACCGUGCUAAUCCUGGUGGUCUUUGUCGUGUGUUUCCUGCCCUAUCACAUCUUGCGUGUGUUGCGAAUAGAGACUCGAAGGAUGCAAGAGACACCCUGCAUGCUGGACCGCAUUGUCCACGCCGCAUAUAUAAUCUCCAGGCCUCUGGCGGGACUCAACACGUUUUUUAACCUGGCUCUAUACACUCUAUCAGGGGACAAGUUUAGGAGGGCUUUCCUCAGCACUUUUUCCUGGGACCGUUGGCUGACCAAGGCCAGGUUGCUGCUCCACGUGGCCACCAUCAGCAAGCCGGGCAGCGACGUGCCCGCUGGAUAG